AUGCUUUCGCUGCUCCGAUGGUCCUUGUUCGGCGUACAUGCCUUGGAUGAGAAGCCGGCGAGCAGUGACGCCUUGUGGAACUUGCUUUCAGCCCUGAGGCCGCCGUUUGCUGAAGAGAGUGUCGGUGAAGUGAGUGAGUUCUGCAUUGCGGCGUUGCAGAAUGUGCAAGGUAACAAAGAUACUGCGUUUUUGCUGGUGGAUCGAGUAUUGGCGGCUAUUCAUUCUCAGAGUGUCGGUGAAGUGAGUGAGUUCUGCAUUGCGGCGUUGCAGAAUGUGCAAGUUAACAAAGAUACUGCGUUUUUGCUGGUGGAUCGAGUAUUGGCGGCUAUUCAUUCUCAGAGGUGA